AUGCUGCCCGGCGCAGAAACCGUUUUCAAAGAUCCUGUUCUCAUUGAAAAAGCCAAGAGUGAAAGAUGGUUCAGCCUUCCAUACGAUUCAAAUCCGCGGGAAAUCAAAUUUGUGAAAACAACGAACGUCUUCAUGAGUGAAAAGUAUAAUUACGAGAAGGCUAAGAAAAUUUGCGCGAAAGAAAAAGGUCAACUACUCACCGUUCGCUCCUCCAAGGAUAAACUCAACAUAGCAGAGGCCGCACAGAAUCUGGAAAUGUACAACGGUCGAUGGUGUGAGGAAGUACCUGAGAUUGAUGACAGGGCUGGCUCAAGUUGGCACCCUGGCAUGGGAUAA